AUGAAGGUUUCUUCAAAACCUAUAUUGUGUCCAAGCAAGACAGAGAAGUUUCAUCCGCCAUUGUUGAUGAGGUUUCUGACAAGCAAUGUGGAUAGUAAAAGCAGAGGACGGUCACGUUCAAGCCCAAUGUUGGUGCCCAAAAAGAAUGUAGUGAUUGAAACCACCCAAGAACCAUCUUCACCGAAAGUCACUUGCAUAGGCCAUGUCCGAGUCAGAAGGUCCUCCAAGAACUCCGGUAACCGAACAUCACGGUCCAGAACUCCGGCCAAACGACGACUAUGUUGGUGGCUUCGAAAAACUGUUUUCCCUUACCAUUUUGCUAAAUUUCACAAACCCAAUUCGUUUCGUCCCGUUUGGCGCAAAUGGGUCUUGUUUUUUCGAUUUGGGUAUUGCAAAAAGGUCGAUGUUGUAGUAGGAGGAGGUCAAUGUAAAGCAAGUGACUCUGCUUCUGACGCCGGCAAUGGAGAUGAGGAUGUUGAUGAAGAAGAAGCUGCUCAAGUUGAAGAAUAUAGUGAGGUUUUGGAUUCUUCUGAGCCGCCCAAGAAUGCUUUUUUAUUGACUAGGUGUAGAUCUGCUCCAUAUAGAUCUUCAUCACUUGCAAGUAAGUUUUGGGGUUCACCAUUGUCAAAAUCAGAAACAGGGGAUGGUGAAAUUGAAGUAAACAGAGGACUCGAACAGCUUUAA